UGGAGAAUGGAAACUGGGAUCACUUGGCAGAUCAGCAGCGCCUGGGAACUGUCAGUGUUCGCAUCAUGGUCCAUGAGUGGCCUUUGGCGUCCAGUUCUGAUCUGCAGCUGAUUGUCAUUCAGGAAGAAGUGACAGAAAUUGAUGGAAAACAGGUUCAGCAAGAAGAAGUAACAGAAAUAGAUAUUUUAGUAAAGGACUUGAGAGUACUUCGACAUUCCAACUACACCGUCCCUUUGAAAGAGAGCAUGCUGUAUUCCAUCCCAAGGGACAACGACAUGUUAUUUACGCUUCCCAACCUCUCAGGAAAAGAUAUUCAAGAUCCACUACAAACUACCAGUCAGUACCUCAUCCAGCAAGUAGAAACUACAGUAGAUGAAGAGACAUUACCUGGCAAGUUACCAGAGACCCCUCUUAGGAUAGAACCUCCAUCUUCUUACAAGGUGAUGUGCCAGUGGGUGGAAGACUUGAGAAAAGGGUUGUGCAGAUUCUGGUUUCGAUCUUUACCCAUCUUCUUUAGUUUCAUGGAAGUCGUUGUAGUUGGAGUUGUUGGAGCAGCUCUUAUUCUCAAAGUCUUAAAGAUGAUUUUCCCUUCCUGUGAAAACAAAGGCAUCCUUCUCCUGGAUCAAGUCAGCGUUGUACCUGUGGUUACCAUCAGCUUGCCAUCAGAUCUUCCAGACAGGAAAAAUAAUUUAGAUGAGAAAGCGUGUAUUUAA